AUGCCGUUCGAAGCUCGAGUCAAGCAAGUUCUUUCAGGAGAUACAAUUGUUUUGGGCCAUGUCACCAACAAAGGACAGGAGCGCACAUUGAGCUUGGCAUAUGUGUCUGCUCCCCGCCUGAGGAAAGAAGGAGAUGAGCCCUUUGCUUUCCUCUCCCGUGAAUUCCUUCGUGAGCUCCUUGUCGGCAAGGUGGUGCAAUUCCAGGUCCUCUACUCUGUCCCCACUGGUCGCGAAUAUGGCGUUGUCAAACUUCCUGGCACCGAGGCCUCUCUACCAGAACUAGCUGUCCAAGAGGGAUGGGCUCGCGUUCGAGAAGAAGCUGGCAAGCGUGGCGAUGAAUCCGAGGAAUCGCUUGCUCUGCUGGGCAACCUGAGAGCGUUAGAGAGUCAAGCCAGAGAUCACAAAAAGGGCAUUUGGGGCAGUGACCCGCGAGGAUCUCUUGAGACUGAAUAUGCGAUCGAAGACGUCAAGUCCUUGGUAGAGGAAAAUAAGGGUCGUCAAAUGGAUGCUGUCGUGGAACGGGUAUUCGGUGGUGACAGAUUGUUGAUUCGCCUAUUCCUCGAGCCUACCCGUCACUUACAAACCAUCAUUGCCGUCGCUGGUAUUCGUGCUCCAUCCGCUCCUCGUGUCGCUGCAGAUGGCACUCAACAACCCGGUGAGCCUCUCGGUGCUGAGGCUCAGCAAUUCGUCGAAGCCAGACUUUUACAGCGAAAGGUCCGAGGUCAAUUACUUGGUGCUACCCCCCAGGGACAACUUAUCGGCACUGUAUUACACCCUAACGGCAACAUUGCCAAAUUUCUUCUAGAGGCAGGUCUAGCUCGUUGCUUUGAUCAUCACUCUAUUUUACUGGGCGCUGAGAUGGCCGCUUUCCGUCAAGCUGAGAAGACCGCCAAGGAUAAGAAACUCGGACUGUUCACCGGACACGUUGCUACCAAGGGCCCUACUGGUGCGGAUAGUGACUACAUCGUUGGACGCGUGCUCAAUGCCGAUACCAUCGUUUUGAGAAACAAAGCUGGCGCAGAAAAGAAAGUUAGCCUUAGCAGCAUCAGACAACCCAAGCCCUCCGAUCCUGCUCAGGCUCCAUAUGCCGCCGAAGCCAAGGAAUAUCUGCGUAAAAAGGUCAUCGGAAAACAUGUCAAGGUCACCAUUGACGGCAAAAAGCCAGCUAAUGAGGGUUACGAAGAGCGUGAGGUUGCUACAGUUGUGCUGGGCAAUACCAACCUUGCUCUCUACUUGGUUGAGGCUGGUUAUGCCUCGGUGAUUCGUCACCGACAUGAUGACGAGGAUCGAUCAUCCCAAUACGAUGCUCUCCUCGCCGCGGAAGAAGCAGCUAAGAGCGAACAAAAGGGAAUGUGGUCGACCAAACCUCCCAAGGCCAAGCAAUACCAGGACUACUCCGAGAACCUUCAGAAAGCGAAGAUGGAAGUUUCGAUCUUGCAGAGACAGAAGAGAGUGCCCGCUGUUGUCGACUUUGUGAAGUCAGCAUCUCGAUUUACGCUUCUUGUGCCACGUGAAAAUGCUAAGUUGACAUUUGUCCUUUCUGGAAUUCGGGCCCCCAAGUCUGCGCGCGGUCCUGAUGAUGCGGCUGAGCCAUUUGGAAAUGAGGCUCACGAGUUCGCUAACAAGAGGGUUUUGCAACGAGAUGUUGAGAUUGACGUUGAGAAUAUUGACAAAGUUGGUGGUUUCAUUGGUGUCAUGUACGUCAACAGGGAGAACUUCGCCAAGCUCCUGGUUGAGGAAGGUCUCGCUACUGUUCACGCCUACUCAGCCGAACAAUCUGGUCACGGCCCGGAGUUGUUUGCUGCGGAGAAGAAGGCAAAGGAGGCCAGAAAGGGAGUUUGGCACGACUGGGAUCCUAGCAAGGAUGUGGAAGACGAGGAGGAAGUCGUGGCUGGUAACGGAGCGGCAGACGGUAAUGGAGAGACCGUCACCGAGCGUCGCAAGGAUUACCGCGAUGUCAUUGUCACUCACAUCGACCCAGCCACUGCAAAGUUGAAGCUGCAACAGAUUGGAGGCGGUACCUCAGCCUUGACAGAGCUCAUGAACUCGUUCCGCUCAUUCCACUUGAGCAAGACCAACGAUACACCACUUCCCGGUCCUCCCAAGGCAGGCGACUUCGUUGCUGCGCGCUUCUCAGAAGAUAACGAGUGGUACCGCGCUAAGAUCCGACGAAACGACCGAGAGAAGAAGACAGCUGAGGUAUUGUACGUCGACUAUGGUAACUCCGAGGUCAUCCCAUGGUCUCGCUUGCGACCACUUUCACAGCAAUUCUCAGUACAGAAGCUAAAGGCCCAAGCGGUGGACGCCACAUUGUCUCUGCUCCAGUUCCCAGUCUCUGCCGAGUAUCUCGCAGAUGCCGUGCAAUUCAUUGGCGAGCAGACCUUUGACCGCGAACUCGUGGCUAAUGUCGAUUAUGUAUCUCCCGAAGGCACACUAUUCGUCACUCUCUUGGACCCAAAACAAUCGCAGAAUUUGGAACAGAGCAUCAACGCGGAGGUUCUUCGCGAAGGUCUCGCCAUGGUGCCCCGCAAGCUCAAGGCGUGGGAACGGGCAUCUGCUGAUACUUUGGCUCAUUAUAAGAAGGUGGAGGAGGAAGCCAAGCAGAAUCGACGCGGCAUGUGGGAGUAUGGCGAUCUGACGGAGGACUAG